GUAACCAUGAAUGCGUCAACAAGUUUACGAGUGCGUCUGCCAGCGUUGGUGUUCGUGUUGGAAGUCGUCAUCCUGACUCUAUAUGCUGUCUUUGUCACAUAUGACGACAAUGCCAAUGCCAAGCUGCAAAACAAUGAGACCAACCCGAUGGACAACGCCGUGUAUCGCGACUACCCUUACUUCGCUGACGUCCAGGUGAUGAUCUUCGUAGGCUUCGGUUGCCUGCUGGCCUUCUGCCGAUUCUACGGCUUCAGCGGAAUGGUCUUCAACUUUCUUACGGCCACCUUUGCAAUCCAGUGGGCGAUCAUCAUCCAAGGCUUCUUCCAGUUUUACCACGAUGGUAGAAUUCACCUGGGUGUCAUCAACUUGCUGUAUGCAGAGUUUGCGUGCGCUGUGGUGCUCAUCUCCUUUGGGGCUGUGCUUGGGAAGACCAGUCCGGUGCAGCUCCUGGUGAUGGCUCUGCUGGAGAUCCCCGUGUUUGCUGUGACAGAGUGGGCUGUAUUGAAAUACAUCCGAAUCAAUGAUGCUGGUGGCAGUAUUCUUAUUCACUUGUUUGCCUGCUACUUCGGCCUAGGCGUGACAUUUGUGCUCUACCGCCCAGUCCUCAAUAGUGGGCACCCCAAAGAAAUCACAAGUUACCAUUCAGAUAUCCUCUCUACGAUGGGAACCUUGUUCCUCUGGGUGUUCUGGCCCUCCUUCAACUCUGCACUCACCUUAAAAGGUGACGAUCAACACAGAGCAAUCCUGCACACUUUUAUCGGUCUGAGCUCGUCCACUCUCACUGCAUUCGCACUUUCAGCAGUGUUCACGAAGAGAGGCAAGCUCACAAUGGCUGACAUCCAGAACGUGACUUUGGCAGGUGGUGUCACAGUUGGAGCGUCAGUGGACAUGAUGAUUUCUCCUUCAGCUGCCUACGCUUUGGGCAUUAUGGGCUGCACUGCUUGUUUCUUUGGAUACAAGUACCUUAGCCCCUUUUUAGCACGGCACAUGAAGAUCCAGGACCAGUGCGGCAUUCACAAUCUGCAUGGACUCACGGGCCUCAUUUCAUCCACUGCUGGAAUCUGCGCCAUCCUGCUGGCAACUGAGGAAACCUACGGACCCAGCAUGUACCAGAUCUUUUCCCACCGCGCUCCCCCUGAGGGGGAUCCAAAGCUCCUUGAGCUUCAGAAGUUGAUCCCCGGGUUGAAGCCAGGCUUGGGGCGGACGGCACCAGAGCAGGCUCUGUACCAAGUGGCAGCGGUCUUUUCCACCAUUGCAGUUUCUAUUGUUGGUGGGAUGCUGACUGGUUUGGUGUUGAGGCUGCCGUUUAUGGCUUCCCCAUCUGAUGAGGACUGUUUUGAUGAUGAAGUGUUUUUUGAUAUGCCUUCAGAUUUUAUUGAGAUCGAAGCUAUGAAGAACUCUAUAACCUGCAAUGAUGUUGAUGUCCAUAAAAAUAAAUUAUCUCCAUGA